ACAGUCGUUUCAAAUUGCACGCUUUUGUCAACGAAAUGUGCGAAAAAAGAUAUUCUUUAAUAGUUUUUUUGGACGAAAAAGAAAUUGAGAGGAGCGAAACUGUCCAAGUAGACAUUGUGCCAACCAAAUGGAUAUUUUGUGAUGACCAUAACAAACUUGUAUGCCCAUUUAUAAAUGAAUCUACUAAAGAUAAAAUUAAUCUAUUACAUAAAUUAGUUCGUGAAAACAAACCAGCAGAUUCCAGUUGGAAUAAUUAUAGAGUGGAAGUUAGAGGAACAGCAGACACGUACAAAGAAGGACUCGAAAAGUUGAAAAUUUUACGUACUCAAGCGUACGCAUUUUCUACUGAUAACGAACAACAUAUUUUAAAGAAGCAAGAUUCAAUAAAAAAACAAUGCCGAUUAAAAGGCAUGGCAAAGAAAAAAAUUAAAAACAAAUCGUUAGAAGACGUCGGAACCUUUGAUUUGUCGACAGAUGAUGAAAUGGGUAACUCAAUAUCUUCUCAAAUAUUGGCUGAUAGUGACGACAACUCAUCAUCGAAUACGUUGUCAAAAAAAAGUACAACGUCUUCCGAAACUAUUCAAUUAGAGUACACAAAUUCAAAAAAAGCUGAUAUUUUUAAAGAAAAAGAUUUUUAUGGUGCAGUUGGUAUUGUUCUUAAUAAUUCUCGAGAUUGGCAUGGGUAUAGAGAAAAAAGAAAAUUGCAAAAUCAAGAAAAAUUGGAUAAGAAUCAAGAAGAAAACACUGAAAACCCCACUAAUUCUAACGAAGAGAUGCUGUAAACAAAACAAAAAAUUCUUCUAGAUCAGGUCUAUUAGUAUGUUUUAAUUUAACUUCAAUGACAAAAUUUUAUUUGGGUAGUAGAAAUAGAGUAACAAUAUAUAUCAUAAAAAUUCAUGUGAUCAUUUACAUUAAAAAAAAAAUUAUUAAUGGGUUGCAAUAGCUCUGUU